CAAAAUGACGUCAUGUCUUCACAAUGGCUGAAAACCAUGCCGUUAACACAAUUCUGUGCGUGUUUUUAUGUCUUUUGCCAGGUAAAUCAGAGGAAUGCACGAUUCCUUAUGCUUGGCAAAAUAAAAUGUUCUCGAUUACUUCAACUUUGAAUGGCAAUUCAAGUGCAAGUUUCAACAAGAGCAUUUCUUUUGGAGUGUCCACUGUCAUUUGGGAAGAACCUGAUAGUUUCAGCUCAUGGAGAUGUCAUUAUGUUGACAAUAGCUCCAUCGUGCUAAAGAGCACAGCCAUUAGUGACGACGGCAAUAUAACAUUUCAUUGUCUGCUGCACAAAACUAUCAACGCAUCUCUUAUCUAUCUUCACGCAACACAAGUUAAUGGAAGCCGAGAUGUUUCGUUCCCUGAAACCUACAACCCCAUGGUUUGCGAAAUUUGUAAUGGGACUGAAGCCGAAUUGUAUAUCUUAUACGUGAAAGAAAACUUAACCUGUGGAUGCAUUCCAGACUGCGGGGUGGCUUUGUUUGAAAAUGCAUGCACCCGUCUCCUUGAAACCCCUAUUCAAUGUGAAUCCAGCACAGCAACCCCAUCAAUCUCCACUGUCUCUAAUUCAUCCGGGUGGUCUCGGCACCAAACGACGUCCAACCCAGUGGCAUUUACCACUGGUCAAGAAUAUGAAAAGACAACGAUCGAUCCUUUCGGAAUUUUGGUACAUCGGUCCGGGCUCUAUAUCGGAUAUGGCUUGUCCGGACUUUUGUUUGCUGUCGUCUCUGUGACGUGGUUAUGCCGUGGGUGUCGUUUAUUACAAAAAUCGUGUGAAAGAAGGCGAUUGAUGAAAAAUAGGGUCAAUGUCAUCUGCGUUGAAGAAGCCAACCCUCGAGAAGUAACUAAGAAGAUGUAUUAAUAAUUGUGAAAAUACGUAGAUGGCAUGUAUAAUAAACGAAAAUUACAACAGCAUAACGUUGUGUUUGAUUAAUUGGUGAAAUAAUUAACUGCACAAUAGUUUUCAAUCAUUAUGAACUACACAUGUAUUUUCACGUGAAAAAAAUAUAGUACAAGUUUUAUAAAUACCUCGAUGGUAU